UAACGAACUUUAACCAGUUUCAUUCAUUGGUCGACGGUUUUGACAUUCCGGAUGAUUCUGCGCUCAACCUUGGUUUAACAUUUUACUCAGCUUUAGUUUAACGUCGCUAGUUGUCGUUAAAGAUCAAGUGCCUACAGUUUGUUUAUAAAAUAUUCAUGAGCCACAAAAAGUUAAUGAUUUCUUUCGUUUUUUGCAACAACUGUGAUCAGUUUGAAUGUUAAUUGUGACCGGUUUCGCAUAUAAAACACGAAAAUUUAUUCUUCCUCUUUCGAUAGAUAGCCUGAAACUUAUUUUCUUCCCUUCAAAUUCUCGCCGAACCAGGGAGUGAUUCGCCGGUUGCUUCUGGCAGUUUGACAAGUGUCAGUUGAGGUGUAGCUAUAUUGUAAUAAUUUACCAACCAGAACGUUCAUCCAGAAUCAAAUAAAUAAAUAAACAAAUUUGAGCCAGUCCUUGCGUGGUAUUAGUUUUAUUUGUGUAUGUAAACACUUCUCAAUAAUUGUUCUGCAUGAGUGCUUAAUGUUCUUAGACGAUUUCAGCAAAUAUUCACAAAAUCUAAACAGUGACAAUGAAUUCACCACGAACACCUCAGAAGACGUUGAGUGCCGAGCUCAGAAGCAUAAUAAAUGACAGGAACAUUUUGACAACGAGGACAAGAAUGAAAGUCUUGAGCGCAUUAGAUGACAUAAACAAAGAGAGUACGCUUGAGAGGGAAAAGAAUCUGAGAGCGCAAGCUGUUCAGGAAAUUCUUAUGUCUGAAGUAACUUAUUUGCACCAGCUCGAGUUGAUCAUGCAGUUUUUUAUGGAACCAAUGAUUGAAAGAAAAAUAAUGAAUCAUGCAUCGUACUCAACAUUAUUCGGAAACAUUGAAACAAUAUAUAACGUUAACGGAGAAUUACUCAAAGAAUUGAAACAAGACCCAGAAAAUGUUGCUAAGGCGUUUUAUAAGCUUGCACCCUUCUUUAAAUUAUAUUCCGUUUAUGCUUAUGACUAUAAACAGGCAUUGAUGCUGCUGCAGGGUACUCAAAAAAGUGAUCAAGAGAUGAGAGAGUUCAUAAUGAGACAAGAGACACGACCAGAGGUUGGCAGGAAGUUAUCAUCCCUGUUGAUUGCUCCAAUACAAAGAAUACCCAGGUACAGACUUCUCCUGAAGGAAGUCCUGCAGCAUACAUCACCCAAAGACGUGGAUUAUAGGAUAUUACAAGCAUCUCUGACCGAGGUUGAAAAGGCUGCUGUACACAUUAACGCCUUAGUCGCUGAGCACGAAGAUAUGCAAAAGUUGUUGGAGUUACAGAGGCAUAUACAUGGAUCAAUCAAUCUGGUGAAACCAGGCAGAAAAUUAAUCAGGCAGGGAACACUGAUGCGUGUUUCCCGAGGUGGUAGUGCUUCCUAUCGCCGACAUUUUGUGCUACUGAGCGAUACUUUAUUAUAUUGUAAAGGAGAUCCUGACAGUUCAUUGACAAUAUGUUGCUUAUUACCAUUGAACAAAUGCUCCAUACAGAGAGUUCUCAGUGGUGGGCUAUUCAGAGUCACGUGUCUACAAGAAAGUUUACUACUAUAUUCAGAGAGUGGAGACAGUGAAGAGUGGAUUCAAUCGCUGCAGGAAGCUGUGAAAAAGUACAUCGAGUGUCGGCAGACCCUGAGAAAAGACAGUAGCUCAAGGAGACCCCUUAGAAAAAAUAAGGUCAAUGAAUUUUCUUCGGAAAACAUAACUGCUGGUAAACGAUUCAAGAGAAAACGGUCUCCGGCUGAAACAACUGAAUUGGAGGAUCCCAACGUCUCGGCAAUAAUAUAUGUGAAUCGUGACCGAGAGGGCGAGGGGAAUGAUAACGAUGAAGUGGACUGCUUUUCUAUGAAAAGGUUCAAGAGACAGAGAACUGAUAAUACUGGAAACAAAGAAAACAAGAGGAUUUCUUGGAUGGAAAAACUUAUCUUCAAACAGCCCCGUGAGGACGAUGUGGACAAAAAAUCUCAUUCUUAUUUAGAUUCUCUCUAUCCAUUGCGACAUGGCACUUCCGAUGAUGUAGAUGAUCUGCAAAGACCAAUUCAGAACCCACCUGCCUCAGUAGUUCCAUGCCGUAGGGCAUCGAAAGCGGAUAAAAGUAGAAAUGAAUUAAAGAGAUCAAUGAAAACUGAUUUGGAUUUGAUUGAGGAAGUUUUCGAGCCACCUCAGCCCUUGACGGGGAGACUGGAGUUUUGCAACAACAAUGCUGACCGUCAUCAGUCUGACUCACAACAACGUGAAUGGCCUUCCGUGAGAAGUGUUUCUCAAUUCAUUUAUGGGCUUGGUUCAUCUUUGAGAGAUUUGUUCAAAGCAAAGUAGAAAGAAUUGUACAUAUAAUUACACACAGCCAUAAGAGUGCUGAUGUUUUGGAAACAUCCAAUACGGAUGACGUCCGUAAGAGUAAUUUGUAUUAUGAUUAUUUAAUUAAUAAUGAACAGUGUACUUGUGAAAAGUAAAACAGUGUCAAUUAAUGUGUGAUAUA